AUGGCGUCGUCGCACGCCCAGGGUUCCUCCCGCCUCGCCAAACGCCGUGGGACCCCAGGCCCGGCUACGGAGCGGCGCCGUGUCGGGCAGGGCUGCGGCGGGCCCGGGCACAGCAGCGGAGGUGGAUCCAGGGCCGGCAGCCCCAGGAGCUCGGCCCCAGCGGGGGCCGCGGCCGCGCUCCCUCGUGGGCGGCCCCGGGUUCGCGGAGCCCGGGAGGCCGUGCCCGAGCCGCCUUCGGGCGCGGGGCUGCCGGGGGAGCUGGGCCGGCGGUGCUGGCUGGCGCUGUGCUGCCAGCCGCUGCCGCAGGAGCCUGCCACAGGUACCGCUCCGCCCGGCCCGGCUCCGGCCGGCAGCUCCCGGCUUUCCUUAGCUAGCCUCUCCCGUGAUACCCUGUUGGCAAAACCGAAGGAGUCGCUGGCGAGGAUGGGUGGAGAUCCUCCAGCACCUUUUCUGGUUGGACAGCGAUACUAUCAACAGGGGUUGUAUGAAGAGGCAUUAAAGCAAUUUGAAAAAAUCAAGGAUACAGAUUUUCAAGCAAUGUAUCAGCUUGGUGUAAUGUAUUAUGAUGGACUUGGCACUAAAAAAGACCCUGAAAGGGGAGUGGAAUACAUGAAUAAAAUACGCAACUCUGAUUCCCCAGAAGCAAAACACUUGAAGUUUGCAGCAGCGUACAAUCUUGGCAGGGCUUAUUAUGAAGGAUGUGGUAUUAAACAUUCAACUGAAGAGGCUGAAAGGUUGUGGCUUACUGCGGCAGACAAUGGAAAUCCAAAAGCAAGUAUAAAGGCCCAGAGUACUUUAGGAAUGCUUUAUUCUAUGCCAAUUCUAAAAGAUCUGGAUAAGGCCUUUUUCUGGCAUUCAGAAGCAUGUGACAAUGGAAGUCUGGAAUCACAGGGAGUACUUGGCAUUAUGUAUCUCUAUGGACAAGGUACAUACCAAAACAAUAAAGCUGCUUUGGAGUGUUUGAGAAAAGCAGCAGAACUUGGAAACAUGUAUGCUCAAGGCCAUCUUGUGGAAUAUUACUACACUAGAAAAUUUUACUCAAAAGCUGCUGCACUAGCCAAAAGGGCUACAGAAAAUGAUGACAUCAACAUGCUAGCCAAGAUAACUGAUUGUCAUCCAACAUAUGUAGCCCAGGGGGCUGCUAUUGCUGCUUUCUACUUGGCUAGAUGCCUCCAGCUUGGCCGAGGCGUAAAGAAAAACCAGCGUGCUGCUGAGAAGUACUAUUCUAAAGCAUGCCAUCUGGAUCCUGCUGUUUCUUCUCACCUUGAAGUGGCAGCUAAUCUUGGGAGAAUUUAG